AUGCUAAGUUCUUAUUCAUCCAUCCACACAUGUACUGUACACAGAGAAGCUGACUUCAGUUUGUUAUAUGGAGGCGUCUCGUUGCUGAUUCUGCUUACAUAUAAGUAUUUGAAAAGAAUUAUGUUGUAGAUUCAUUUGUCGUCAGUUUCUGCUAAAAAAUUAACUGAUUCACUCUCAAUAUGAUGAAGCCUGAGCCUGCAGCUGGCGCUGCAAGACCUCAGCAGACACUCGGUGAUGAUUUUCCUUGGUGGAUUAAGUAUGGUGCGAGAUUUCUUGGUAGUGUGGCAGCUUUAGCUGCAUUGGCUUUAGGAGCAAUGGCUUGCCUAACAAUUACUCCCCGCUGUCUACUUGCUGGGAUUGUUCAAAUGUUAUGUGGUGUUCUUGUUGCUUUGAUUGAGGCACCUUUUCUAUGCAUGUUUUUGGAUUUUGCUCAAAUUCCAAGUGCAUAUUUCGAUGGAAAACCACCAUGGUUAAGAGGACUUCUUUACAUUGUAAUCUCGAUCAUUCCAGUAUCACUCUGUGCUGGUAUCUCUACAUUAUUUGGAUCAGGUUUAAUAUUUGUCACCGGAAGUCUCUAUGGUUUAACUUCAUUAAGAAGAAAGGCCCCUGUUCAGGAAAUGCGAAUGCAGGCAUCUAGUUCUUAUAAUCUGUUGCAAAAUACUCGAUUAGCAGGCGAUAUCGAAGCAGGACAGAAGCCUGGAGAUCCGUCUAAAAUGUCUGGAGUUAUAUAACUGUUUCACAAGAUAGAUAAUGAAUCAUAUGUGUGACUUGUGUCUAAUUUAUUCUCAUUCCUGAAGUUUAAAUUUGUAUAGAUGGUAUAAACAUUUCCAGAAGAUGUAAUUUUAUAUUGCACUAUAUUAAUUUAAAUUUCCAUUUUUAUUAUAUGUUUUGUAUUUUAAAAAUUGUCAGUAUAUUAUAUAAAUAGCAUUUUUUACACAAAUGAAAUUAAAUUAUUUUUUAAGAUCCAGAUUAAUGCAAAAAAAAAAAAAAAAAAUCUGUAUUUCUAAGUGAUUUUAAAACAAAUUUUUUAUCUUUUAAUAUCUACUAAAUUUACUUUGAUUUUUAGUUAACCCAGAAAGACUGACACCAAUGUAUAUCUGAAUGUAUCAUGAUGCACUUAAAACAUUUAUGGAUUGUAAACGGAUUUAAACUUAAUCAUUGUAUUGUGAAUAUUUGUUUGUGCUGUAUUUUAGGUAGCAUAGUUAUUUUUAGUAUUGCUGAAAAGAAGACUUUUUUUUUUUAAAAGAUUAUUUCUCGUACUUUAGUUCAUAAUCUUAAAAUUGUGUUCAUGAUUACAUCCCCCCCCCCGCUAUUUGUUCCAUAAUACCUGUCUGCAAAUGUUACUAAUAUUGCAUUUUUUUUCCCCUGUUGCAGCUAUUUUAACUUUCACAUAUUCAUGGCAGUUAUCGUAACUGAAUAUCACAAUGAAAUUACUUUUAUUACUCUGCAUAUUACUUCUGUAGUUUUUAUCCCUUUUCAGACGACUUUGAAAUAUUUUGUAAAAUAUGCUUUGCAUUUUACCUUUCAUUGUUAAAGGCGAACAUAUACGAUUCUAUAUUAUGUUACUAGCAUGAAAUGCAAAGAUGUUAAAAUACUGAGCUAAGGAUGUUUAGAUGUUAACUGUAGCAAUUCUUAAAAACUUCCUGCAUUUAUUGUGUAGCAUGACUGUCUUCCCCUUCAUGUAUUAGUAGAUAAAUGUUUGUCUGAAUGGUGAAUGCAAUGUCUUAAAUGUAUUUAAAUGCUUUUAGAAUGCAUAUCUACAUGUGAUAGAUGUAUACUAUGUUUCAUUUUGGAUGAUUCGUCAUUUUCAUGACGUGAAUUAAUUUUUCUAUUACAAUGUUAAAUUAGUGUCUUUUUUUUAAAUUUAUUUUCCUUCAUGUUUUGAAACAAGCAUUUAUUUUGUAUUUUUUAAUUUACUCGAAAUAGUUCUAAUGAGUAACAAUAAAAGGUGUU